AUGGAUACAUUUGUAUUAAAAGUUGAUGCAACAGGUUCAGGUACUUCGGCAGAUCCUUUUCAACAGUAUGCUAAACGAGGACAGGAGGCAGUUCUACAGUGUACAUAUGAAAGGGAGUUCCUAAAAUGGUACAAAAAUGUGACAAUUAUAUCUAAUAGGAAUUCUGUCAUUGAUUCUACAAAGUACAAAGUAUCAGCCACAAGCACUGGUUUGUACUACAGAUUACAUAUACUGAACGUUCACCUCGGUGAUAAGGGGAUUUACAUAUGUCGAGGAGGGAUAGGUGAAUCAUACUACAUUCAUCUGAUUUUAUAUGAGCAGCCUUUGCGUUUGACUAUACAAAAUGCCUCUACAGAUAACACAUUGAUUGGAACAGAAGGACAUGACCUGCAUAUUGAAUGUGUUGCAGUUCAAGGAAUUCCUGUUCCUUUGUUAUCCCUUGUAGUACUUGGUACAACUGUUCAAACUGACUUCCAGGAAUUGCGAUACGUUUUGCGAAACAUACCUAGAAUUUAUGAUACAACAAAUGUAUCAUGUAUAGCAAACAGUUCUGCUUUGGAUAAUCCAAUGACAACUACUGCUUUAAUAUAUCUUAAUCUAAUGCCUUUGAUGCCAGUGUUAAGUGUACCUCUCGUAAAUACAUUGGAGAUGGUUCUAUUUUCUAUAUCAUGCACAUCAACCGGAAGCCGCCCUGCUGCCGCCAUUUGGUGGAUGAUAGGCGAAACUGAUGUAACAAAUUUAGCAUCGUCACAAGAAAAACAAGGGGUCGAUGAGACUUUCACGGUUACAUCCACGUUAGAAUACACGGUGGACAGAAAAUUUAACUUGCAACCGAUAAUAUGUACAGCGAACAAUACAAUUGGUGGAUUUACCAACCAAAUAAACUUGUUCGUAAGAUUUCCGCCAGAUGUUUCAGUUUAUAAUGUUACCUAUAACAUGACAGAUCCAACACGAACAAUAAAUUGUACAGCUCAUGGUUAUCCUGAUACAUAUACAUUUUAUAAAUGGAAGCAUAGGUUGUAUGGACACAUUAUUCGGGAACUUGACGGUGACACUAUCUUAACACUGCCUGUGGUUCCUACACAACUUAUAUAUCAAGACAAUGGUGAAUAUGUGUGUAUAGUUAGUAAUGGUAUUCAAGGUACGGAUGGAAAAGAGAAGCGGCAAGGAGCGGCACAAAUUACUGUCUAUGCACAACCAGUUUUUACUGCAGACAAUGACGAAAGGAAUAUACAGUAUGGAGAGAUUGGAAAAACUAUCGAAAUUGUUGUGCAUGUGUACAGUGUUCCUAGGUUCAUAUACAAUGCUUGGUUCAAUAAUGGAAAACAGAUUCAAGCAUCUACUAAAUAUUUUUUUUCGGAAUCAACCGUCAAGGUUGAAGAUAUUUUCCAUGGAAAGACUGUUAUGGUUAAUGGCUAUAAAUCGGUUCUUACAAUAAAUAGUUUAACAAACGAAGACUUCACUAACUACACGUUAAUAUUAGAAAAUGGUAUCGGAAAAUCUGUUGAACACACUGUGGUUUUAGAACGAUCAACUCCACUAAAACCGGAACCUUCGUCAUUAGGGAUGAUUAUUGGUGCUGUGUGUGGAAGUCUGAUAUCUGGUCUUGUUUUACUGGCGGUUUUUGUCAUUGUAAUCCUUAAAAAACGGAAAGGGCAUCAACAAUGCGAAAACACAGUAACUUUUGAAAAGACUGAUUCUGAUGAUCACGCAAACGGUUAUGAAGAAGUACAAAACAGCAGGGAAACACAAAAUGCUCAACAUGUAAACAGGGAUCUAAGUCAUUCAAGAAAUUACGAAAAACUUGGAUUAAAAGAUGCCCCUAAUGUUUAUGAAGAUUUAACUAAUAAAGAAUCAAAGGAAAUAGAAGGUCAAAGCACAACAAGACAUUAUGAUGCACUUGGAAAGAAAGAGGUACCUAAUGUUUAUGACGAGUUGAACAAUGAAGCACAAUAUGAAAACAGAUCUCAAAGCUCUAGAAACCAUUAUGAAGAUCUUGGUCAAAAGAACGCAGCUUAUGUUUAUGACGAUUUAAAAAGUGAAGCUUGUGAAGAAACCAAAGCUAAUAGCCCGACACAACAUUAUGAGGACCUUGGUGUGAAAAGCAACCAAACUGUAUAUGAUCAUUUAAUAAAUGAGGACGCUGUAAAUAAAGUGUAUGAAAACGCUUCAAAACAAUGGACACAGGAAAACUGAUUUACUGAAUAUCAUGUUCAAAUGAAAAUAGAAUACUGACAAUUUUCUAAUGAAGUAUUUUGUCAAUUGACAACCAGUUAAUAUAUUCGUAUCAUAUGACAUGAAAUUCGUCAUUGAUGUCAGAUGAAAUGAGCAAAAAACCUACAUUGCGAAAUCCUUUACAAAAAACUACUAUGGAAAGGACACGAAAACUUCUGGACUACAACUGAUAGUUUUCCACACUACGCAUCAGUAUUUACGUUUACGAAAGAAUCAUUUUUAGUAGAUUGCUCCGAAUGUGUCUGAAUAAUCAAUACACACAUCAAGUUUCAUUUAGUAAGGCUGAAAGAAAGAAAUAUAACUUCAUGUUUCAUAUGAAUCGAAAAGUGAAAAAGUACAAUUAUAUAUAUAUAUAAUUUCAAUUUAACUGUAACUAAAAUAGU